AAAAGCUCAUCUAAGGGAGCAUGAUAUGACGGAGUUUUACGUGGAAAAACAAGUUCUCAGAUUAGAAGCCACGUCUUUUAUCACAGGUACCUCAGGUCUGUUUGUAGAUUAUCAUACAACAAAAUGUAAAUGUCAAGCCAGUCUUUAAAAGCAAAUAUUGCCUCGCAUCACCCAAAUCUCAACAUGAGCAAACCUCGUUCCCAUGGCCAUGAGAACGAGGUUGAACAUGAGCGUAUCAGGCCACCGAUACAAAAUUUGAUGUCUCAGUGAUAUGACCGUUUGUAUGCGCGUGCAGAAGUGUAGUGGACUGUGGGUAUUGUGUUUGCAUCUCGGUCAAGAAGUCUGGGCUUUAGUCCUGGUCGACUCUUGGCUCGAACGCUUUGUUAUCCCAAUGCUACUUUCUGGUCAGAAUUGCAAUAAGUAGCACGAAAUGUUGGAACAGCGCGAUAAAACUUUGGAAAAUACUGCAAAAUACUCUAAUUCGCUUUCUACUACUGCAGAAACCCUGAAUGUAUUGCAGGUAGUCUUUACAUUCAUUAACUCAGGAAGGCCUAUCUCAGUCGGGGUGUAUAAAUUAAAAUUUUCGAACUAUUGGAUUUGGCUGACCAAUUAGCCCGACCUUGAACCAAAAAUUCAUUCCCUCCCUCUCUUUCAAAUACGAGUCAAGCAAAGUUUAAUAUACGGUGCUGUAACUCGAGGAAAACAACAUCACGGAAACAGUUCUUUACUGUUAUCUAGGAACGCACACGGCAGCUGUGGUAGAAUUCCAAAUAAGGCGUCGACUGCCACAUUUCAUCAUGGGGUUCUACCUACCUUGCAUUGCAUGUACAAUCGCUUCCUGGCUCCAGUUCUGGAUGGACCAAACGGCCGUCGGUGACCGAGCGGGCCUGGGCAUAACGACCGUGCUGACGGAGAUCUUUCUGUUGGAGUUUAGUGACAAGGGUAUGCCAAAGGUCAGUUACAUGAAAGCUGCUGAGCUGUUCGUUGUUGUGUCGUUCGGAUUCAUCUUCUUUGCUCUGGUGGAGUCUGCAAUAGUGUACAAGGCUACCUUCUGGUCGGCACUGAAAGAAGACAAACGAGAGCUAGAGAAAGCUGAACAUGUUGAGAAGAACAUUACUUCUCAGACAACGCCAGAAAAAGAUGUUAGCCAAUCAAUUCACAGCCUUCACAUGUCUUCCAUCUACGAAAACACAGAAACCAAGUCAUCGGCAUCCAUCUUCAAGGAAGAGGAGAGAUCCGAAGGCAGUGAACCCCCGGAAAAUCUGACGUCCACCGCUAGUAUUUUCAAGAGUCAGAACUGGGCCCUCGUGAUAGACCGGGGGGCGCGUUUGUUAUUUCCACUCUUUUACUCCACCUUCACCAUCGCAUACUUUGUUGUGAUAAUUUAACUGAAGCUUUGAUGCCGUUUGGGGGGACAAUGUGUAAACUGGAAUGAAUAAUUAUGCCGGCUUUGUUUUCAGUUAUUUCACAAAAUACUGUUUACUACCUAUAGACGCAGACGGAAUUUUCUCUGUUAAUGCCGCGAGGCGUGAACUAUCAAUAAGCGAAACUCCCUCUGCAUUCAGACUAGAUCAAAUUUGAAUCUGGUGACUGGUCAAUGCACAGAGCUUUCUGAAUUACACCAAACAACAACAUGAAACCUUAGAAACUGUAACAAACAUUCUAGAGAAAGAAACAGCAUGCCCGUGAGGUCAAGAUGGCUGAAUAUUUCCCAAGGUCUCUUUUUAAGUGUUUAUGGACCGAAACGGAGGCCGGCGUCCAUAAACACGCAAAAUGAGGCCAAUAUCCAGUCAAACUGACCAAAUGAGCUUGGUCAAUAAAAGAUUAUAUGGAAAAAACAUUAUUUUCAUACGGGACACAGCAGGUAGUCCCGAGAGCGCAAGAUAGCGCCAUCUCGCCAGCUCAGUGAUGUCUUGAGUGUACGUUUAAAAAUGUCAAUAGAGUCAGCAUUCUUGUUGUCCUCUGACAAACGGUUCCAAAGGUGAGGUGCCGCAACAGAAAAAGCACGCUGGCCAUAGGAUUUUAGAUUAAAAUUUUGGAUGGUAAUGAGAUUCUUUUGAGACGAUCGAUCCGAGGUUGCGUGCUGGUUGAUAUAAUGAAUGCACUGUAAUAACAGUAAUGAAUAGAAGCUAAGACUAGCAAUGAAUCGAAUAGACGUAGUAGUGAAUAGAAGUGCUGCAAGAACUUAACUGGGAAACCCUAGCCACUAGAAGAAAAACCGCCAGACUAUCUUUUAUAAACUCUCCCACAAUCUGACGGAUUUUUAAGUAGACGCCCACCUAAAACCAAAUAAUGAAAGAAGAACCAGUGGGAGCCACGCUUUUAAGUUUGCAGUUCCUAGAGCAAAGAAAGAUAUGUUUAAGUUUUCUUUCUUCCCACGAACAAUCAAUGAAUGGAACUCUCUUCCCGAGGAUAUUGUGAACACAACGCAACGUCUGUAGAUAGUUUUCAAUCAAAGUUAGUUAAUAGUUAUCAAUAUUCCAUUGUAUUAUUUUCAUUCAGGUUUUUACAGUUGGUGUGAUAUCUCACGAUUUUUACCGACUUAACUAAGUGUAGAUGUAGAUGUAGAUAUACUAGCAAUGAAGAGAAGUAGUAAUGAAGCUUCCCAGAGCUGUUUGUAUAUUAUGAUUUUAUUUUAUUUCCUCACCAAAGUUAUUCUGUUUUCUGUCUCACUUUUUUAAAUACUGAAUUCUUGCGAAGCAAAACAAGGUCACAAGUUUGCUCGAAUAAUUAUCCAACAUUACGUC